UGUCUUGAGGACUCUAUGGCAUUUUAUAAUUUAUCUUGAGUCGUGUGUUUGUCUUCAUUGUUGGUUAGGUGUGUUUAGCACUGAAUAAAGUGCAGCUUUUAGAGUACUGCAGUCAUUUAAACCCUAAUAAUGGAUGGCCUGUCCUGCCCACAUCAUCACAGUAGUGUUGCAGCGCUGUGAGAAGCAAACCCACUACACUCAGCCACUAAUCACAAGAUUAUUCUGUUUGACUAAGACUAUUAAGUGUUCCACAUUCAAAUGGUGUCUCCCACAGGCAGACCUUGGAGAGGAUGAUCCGUCCACCGCAGGGAUUAUACAGACAGCCUAAUGCUCCAUGAGGGACCCAAGGGAAGGCCUGGGAAAAUGCUCUUGUACAGCAACAGGAUGUCACAGUAGUCUGCGCUCUGGACACAGACGAAGAAAGAGGGAUGAACAGCAGAAAGAAGUUGAACCCCAAAGGAAUGAGGCCAACACAAGGUUGUACAUAAUUUAAGGUGUGGCGGAGAGCUUAACAAAUAGGCUGCUGUGGUUUUGCCCCUCCAGAGGAGAGAGCGUUUACCAGGUGAAGCUGAACACUGCUCUCAUUAGUCACACAUGCAGCCACCUGCCACUCACCAGAGACCAACGCCGGAGCGCUGAAAGUUUCCACAACUAUUUCUGCCCACGCUCAGGAGAGACACUUGAGGAAUGGCUCAGGCUCCGUGACCGGAUGUAAGCUCGGAGGAAUAUGCUGCUGCUCUGAGGACGAUAAGAGGAGUGAUCCUGACCAUAUUUCAGCCUUGGGAACAUUCCAGCAUCUAUCCAAGUGAGCCGAUCAUGGCCAGCAUUGCCGUUCAGCUGGUCGGCUUCUUUUUAGGACAGUUAGGUUUUGCAGGAACCGUGGUCGCAAACCUGCUCCCCCAGUGGCGCAGCACAGCCUACAUGGGUUCCAACCUCAUCACAGCCACUGUCUACAUGAAAGGCCUGUGGAUGGAGUGCGUCUGGCACAGCACGGGCAUUUACCAGUGUGAGCUGUACAGGUCUCUGCUGGCACUGCCCCGUGACCUGCAGGCUGCUCGGGCUCUCAUGGUGCUAUCCUGUGUCUCCUCAAUCCUGGCAUCUCUGGUCGCUGCGAUGGGGAUGAAGUGCACCCACUUUGCUCAACAUUCAGUGGUCAAAUCACCCCUGGUUCUAGGUGGAGGUGUUGGUUUCCUCUGCGCCGGCCUCCUAUGCCUGGUCACAGUAUCCUGGACCACCAACGAUGUAAUCAUGGAUUUUUACGAUCCCUUCCUUCCCAGGGGGAUGAAGUAUGAGGUCGGAUUGGCUGUGUAUGUCGGCUACGCAUCGUCCUUCCUCAGUCUGACCGGCGGGCUGCUGCUGUGCUGGAGCAGAAUCAGUAGCAGAGAAAGGUCGCAGGGUCCCCUCCAUAUGCAAACGAGUCAACCUUCAUCAUCUCCAAUUACCUUCAACAACAUUUACCCCCCUGCUCCACUCUACAGUCCACCUGAGGCUAUGAAGGACAAUCAUGCAGCCUCACUUUGCUCCCUUUCCAGCAGUGGCUAUAGGGUUAAUAACUAUGUCUGAAGACAUGGAGAUAAAAACACAUACCUUAAAAAAACUAAUUAUAUAACAACCAUACUUUACCAAAAUACCAUGUCUACAUUGGAAGAAUAACUUGUUUUUCUCAGUUAAAGACUUUCUUCUGAACUGAAUGCAAAGCAAACCCCUGAACUAUUGAGUUUGAAAGUACAUGAGUUCAACUGCCUGGUGCCGUUGUGAUGCAGCUGAUUGGCCAGGAGGUGGCAGCAUGUUACACAAAACAGUCAGGGAAAAUAACACAAACUGUAAAUUAGAUUCCGUUUUCUAUUUUCUGCAGCCCUGAAUGAAUUACCGUGAUAACAAUUGUGCAGCCUUUGAGUCAAAAUUGACAUUUUUACAGAAACAGCGACUAUUUAUUAACAAUGCGUAUUAUUAUUCCCUUAAACAUAAAAUAAACACCAGUUAUUGAAGAUUCAACAUGUUCUCUUUGGCUGGAAAAUACUAAACAGUUUGUUUGUUUUUUUACUUUUUUCAAAACUUCAGUUUUGCCCAGGCCGUGUAGAGGAGACAGCAAACAUAUGUUCCGGUCAGAUACGUUCGAAAUGAAACUUUUUACACAUGUCAAAUCAUCUGCUAAAACUGUUAACGUAGAACCUUUAGUUUUAUUAUACAUCAAUGCACAUCUUAUUUAGUUUUGGUACACUUUUUAUUUUGGCUUUUUUGUUUUUGGGAUGGUUGCUUCAAGAAUUUUUACAAAGACCAAAUUGCAUUUUUACCAAAACUUUAAGGGGCUAAAAUUCAAAGACAUCAGGGAAAAUGACGAAUUGCAUCUUGUAACAUGUUGGCUUUCUUUUGUGCUUGAAGUUCAGUAAAUCUUACAUUUGAAUCAGUUUUUUAAAGCAUUUAAUUGAAUUCAGUUUAUUUAUAUAUCAGCAAUUCACAACACAUGUCUCUCAAGGUUCUUUAUAAAAAAGGAAAUUCACACCAAUCAUACAGACAGAUUCCAAGUCAAGUUUUGUUCCAAAUUAAUCCUAGUUAUGAAGCUAAUUAAUUUGAUAGACAGUUAAGAAUAUUGUUGUUAAAGCUUUUUUCUACCAUUACGAGAUAAAAAUAAAGUAUUUCUGUAAAUUAUAAUAAGGAUGUUAUCUUGCACAUUUUUUCCUCAAAUUCUGUUACCAAUGUAUUUUGUGAAAUCCUCUAAGAUGCAUGUGAAGUUUGCAGAAACCACUUGGUGGCAAUAAAGAUCUUAAGUCACA